AUGCUUCGUCUUAGACAAACAUUAUUUCCCGUUUUAUUUUUAACACAAGGUGAAAAAGGUUUAGCUGCACCAGCACUUGAUAUUCUUUCAAAUAAAGAAUUUGUUAAACAAGUUAAAGAUAAUGGAAAAUUAUUAUUUAUUUGGAGUGAUGAAGCAAGUGAUAAAGAAGUAUCAAAAUGUUUAUUAGAAUUACGUGUUGAUAGUUUAAUAUUUGAUCAUAUUGCUGAACUUAAAGAUGAACAUUCUACAACAGAAAAUUCCUUUAUUUCGGAAGAACGUGAAGAAUUAGAAGUACUUAAUAAUUUUCAACUUGAACGAUUAAAAACAGCACGAGAAAAAACAAAUUCACCAAUACCAUCACCAACAAAUCAAAUAUCUAAAACAUCUACAAAUUUCGGACAAGAUCAAUUAUUAAUAAUAGAUACAAAUUUUAAACAUUUAAUUUUACCAAUACAUCUUGAUGAAAAAUCUUGGUAUAUUCUAUUUGGUUUUAUGACAUUUAUUAUUGACUAUAUACUUAGUCGAUGUAUAACAUUACAAGAUGCCGAUAAUGAUCCAAUUUAUCAACGUACACGAUUAUAUUCAAUGUAA